AAAGUUGAAGUCAAGAGAACAGAGUUAGCGAGUGCGCGUGUGGAGGCAACUCAACUCCACAUUCAAAGAGAAGUGGGAGUCUGAAUUCUGAAAUCAGAUUAUGUGAUCACGAUUCACGAAUUCAUGGUUUCAGACUCAUUCCUCCAAAAUUCAUUCAAUUUGAACUCUUAUUUCUCCUCUUCCCUUUCUUCUACUUUCUUUGUAUUUUAAUUUAAUGGCGGAUCGCUCUGACGAUUCGCCUCUAAUCCCUCCAACGCCUAUCACUGACCCUUGCGAGAUCGACCUAGAAGCAGGUCCCAGUGAACAAAUUCAAUGCCGGAUUUGUCUCGAGACUGAUGGUAGGGACUUCAUAGCGCCUUGCAAGUGCAAAGGAACAUCAAAAUAUGUACAUCGAGAAUGUUUGGAUCAUUGGCGAGCUGUUAAGGAAGGAUUUGCAUUUGCUCAUUGCACGACGUGCAAGGCUCCUUAUUAUUUGCGUGUUCAUGUUGCUGCUGAUAGGAAAUGGCGAACCUUGAAAUUUCGGUUCUUUGUCACUAGAGACAUUUUGUUCAUAUUUCUGACUGUCCAGCUUGUCAUUGCUUCACUGGCUUAUUUGGUUUAUCUAAUGGAUGGUUACCAGCAAUACUGGCUUCGUCAUAUUUGGGGUUUUGAUAGUGAGCUUAGCUUUUACUACAUAUGCGGGGCUUUAUUGUUUUUUGCUUUGCUUGGCCUGUCUGGCUGCUUCAUUACUUGUUAUGAUCGAAGAGUUCGCAAUGAUUUAGCUCAGCCUUGCCGGGAAUUAUGUCUUUGUUGUUGUCAACCAGGGGUCUGUGCAGACUGUCAUUUGCCAGGAACUCUCUGCAUGUGGACUGAUUGCACCACUUGCUUUGAGAGUUGUGGAACCAUGGCUACUGAAUGUGGUGGAUGCCUUGGAGGUGCUGGGGAAGCAGGACUACCUCUACUGUUUAUAAUGGCUCUGAUUGUUCUGGGACUUUUUACUGUAAUUGGGAUAUUUUACAGUGUAUUGGUGGCUACCAUGGUAGGACAGCGAAUUUGGCAGCGACAUUACCACAUACUUGCAAAAAGAAUGCUAACAAAGGAGUACGUUGUUGAGGACGUUGAUGGGGAAAUGACGGGAUCUGAUUGGUGCCCACCACCUCUGCCCCCUGAGCACGUUCAGCAGCUAAAAACACUCGGCCUCUUAUGAAUUGUCCUCUAUUCGCUGACGAGAGUUACUUAAAUAUAUGCAGAGACGUGUUUGGCCCCAGGUUUUGAUUGGCCAUUCCUUUUUACACAGAUAUGCCACUUAUUGAUAAGGUUGACAUAGCAAUUUGGUUAAAUUUGUACAAUUAUACUUAUGUAUGAAAUUUAUAAAAUCGUGUUUCGCCUGUUUAUGUGAUGUGAAGAACGGAAAAGGAUAAAACUUCGAGCAUCCCAUUACACGUAGUUUUAUUCUCAUUGUAA